UCUGCUGCUUCUGGUCUAAACACCCUUCAGCCUUCCAUCACCAACCUACCAUUACACACGCUUCCGUCUACGGUUACAGCUUGCUACAGCUAUCUACAUACCUAUCCGUACUCAAGGCUACUACGACGCCCGCAGCAGCCAUGUCCCACAAGAAGGUUGGAUUCCGGGACGACUCCCCUUCGGGUGCAUCCCACUACUCGGAUCACCAGAGGAGCGAUUCCGGGGUCGGUUCUCUAAGUGGUAGCGACUGCGGUGUUCCCAACAGUGAUCGUACCUACACACCCCGUGAUUAUGACGACCAUCGGGACGCUCGCGAGAUUCUGCGCCUCAAGAAUGAGUUGACGCAGGCAGAGGACAAGAUCAAAGAUCUCCAGGCCAAAAUCCAACACCUUGAACGACUUCAGGUAUCCCACAGCCAGCUCAAGAUCACUCACAAGGAGGUCAUUCAGAGUGAGGCUACACUGCAAGCACAGCUGGACGCGAAGCAGAAUGAGAACGAGGUCCUAUCCGAUCAACUCACCGAGCUAAAGUCCAAGAAUGCCGAGCUAGUGCAAAAGAACAAGGAUCUGACCAGCGAAAACACGCAGCUCAAGGAGGAACACAAGAAGCUGCGGGAACUCGAAGACGCCAAGAAACCCACAGACCUCAAGGACCCCAAAGAGUCGAGCGAAUCCGUCGAUUCCGAGAAGAUGAAGAGACCCCGGCGCAAGAGCAUGUCCAUGCCACCGCCAUCCGACUCAUCGGAGGACAGGAGACCUCGCCGAAGCUCGAGCCGACGUGCUCCACAUAGAGAACACGAGAAGUUGGACAUGGACAGUGAGUGGGAGCGACAGCUAGAGAGGGAGCGACAGCUGGCACUGGCACACGAACGACCGGUCAUUGACGAGGAGAAGGAGCGUCUCCGCAGCCGCUUCCGCACUCGGGGUGACGACAACGAUGCCAAGAGCAGCAGCCAAUCUCUCCCAUCUCUCCCGCCGGCCACCAUCAGAGGCCAGCCACGGAACAGCCAGCGUGAUAGCUACAUUGAAUCUUCUGGUCGCGGUGCACCCAGACCACAGGUUCCAGGCCCUCAGCUUGUGUCGGCGAGAGAUGCCUACGACUACGCCUACAAUGCGCCCUCGUAUCCGGCACCACAGUACGCGAGCAUCCGCGAGCCAAGCUCUGCUGUUCCUCGGGCUGUGGCACAUCAUCCAGCAGUCUAUGUCCAGGCGCCUGCUGGCUACGUUGACAACCGGUAUCCCACCGAUGAUGACUUCCGUUAUCAACAGGCCAUCGCUAGCGCAAAGAUGCCGCGGAGGUAAUCAGUUUUUUUGAUCAAUCGCCACGGCCAUCAGCAAAAGCCAUGCUCAUUGUAACAACACCCGUCAUUGGAUACUUUUGUUUUCUUUCUACCUCGUCUUUUUGAUUACUUCGCCGCAGCUGAGACCUCUUUUCUGCGUUUUCACCAUUGCAUGCCAAACAUCACAUUUGAAUCCCCUUCCCCAAUUGGCAGUCUUCGGAUCUGCAUCUGCACCCGGCGACAGAUUGGGCU